UUCAUAGCAUUUCUCAUUUUAUUCUCAAAGUCUAAAGUGCACUUUUCAUGACAAACAAACACAUUGAAAAGAGGAAUAGAAACCAAGCGAAUACCUUAAUGGCAAGCAACAUGAAGCUUUUGGAAGUGUUCCUCCUACUGAUUUUGAUUCCAUCAACCACUCAAACAGAACCCAAUCCGGCGAGGAACCAAGACCUCGUUGCCGCGACUGCGGAGAUGCAAAGGGCGAAUUACUUCACAUUCGUGAUGCUCGUCAACAUGUCCCCGCCGGACGUAAGACUCGAAGAAAACGUGACAUUCUUGAUGCCAAAUGAUAGAAUGCUAUCUAACAUUUUGUUACAAGAAGGGUCAGUUUCAGGGUUCUUGCUAAGGCAUUCAAUCCCAUCACCAUUGUUAUUUGACACAUUGAAACAAUUCCCAACAGGCACAACAAUCCCAAGCUCAUUGCCAAAUUGCAUGCUCAGGAUCACAAACAAUGGUAGGAAGAAUUAUGUUAUCAACAAUAUUAGAAUCAUUAGCCCAAAUAUUUGUGUAGCAGGAUCUUCAAUUAGGUGCCAUGGCAUUGAUGGGGUAUUAUCAGAAUCUUGUGUGCCAUCAUCAUCAAUGAAUAAUAAUAACUCUAGUGUUCCCACACUAAAACCAUGUCCUAAUAGCACAGAUUCUUCUUCAUGUUUGGCCUCACCUCCAAUUCCAUCUCCUCCGUUGUUACCUUCCGCACCUUCUAGUAGAGAUCCCAACCUCCUAACCCCAAGAUCAAGUCCAAGCCCAAGCCCAAGCCCAAAUGUUAAGUCAGCAGGUUCAUCCUAUUUGCUUUCUUUUGAUGGAUCAUUAAAUUUUGUGGCUUUCUUGGUAUUGUCUUUAGUAGGGAUUUAUCUUUAGUCCAAGAAAAUUUUGAGGUGUUUCAUGCAAAUGAAGGUCAUGAGGAGCUUACUUAUUGUUUGUUAGAUGACAUAAUUAAGUUCAAAAAUAAAACUUUUUUAUUGUUGUAAUGGGUAUAUUCUUAUGUUGUAAUGAGUUACUUCCAGCUCUCUUUUAA